CCAACAGUGCAGCCACCUGUGCCCAGCAGUGCAACCACCUCAGUGCCACCCACCUGUGCCCACCAGUGCCACCCAGCAGUGUCCAUCAGUACAGCCCAGCAGUGCUGCCAGUCAGUGCCACCAGUCAGUGCCCAGCGGUUGUGCCAGUCAGUGCCUAGCAGUUGCACCAGUCAAUGCCUAACAGUGCCGCCAAUUAAUACCUAGCAGUGCCGCCAUUCAGUGCCCAGCAGUGAUGCCAGUCAGUGCCACCUAUCAGUGCUGUCUAUCAGUACCCAUCAUCAGUGCAGCCUAUCAGUGCCAGCUAUCAGUGCCGCUUAUCCGUGCCACCUCAUUAGUACUGCCUAUAAGUG